GAGGCGACAGAGCGGAGGUGACAGCGGAGAAUGGAGAGGAGCGCGUCCGCCCGGCGAGCUUUGACCGCGGCGAACGAGGAGAACCCACUCGGUCCUUCCCUUCUGGAGCCAGCGUGCUGAAAGAAACCGGGAGGAAUUAACGGGGGGCAAGGGAAAGGAAUGGCUGAUCCUCUGCGGAGGACUUUACUAGCGAAACUCCGGGGGAAGAAAUCCAAGAAAGGAGCGACGGUCGGCGGUGGAUACGGCUCUGCUGCUGCUGCUGCGGCGGCGAAUGGGGGCCGAGAAGGUAAAGAAAAAGUUUUGCAAACGCAGCGAGACUCCGACGAGGCUCGCCCGGUAGUGUUGCUCACACGGCUGGCUUGCACGACAGAGAGAAUGAGUACGUACGAGAAUUGUGUUGACGGGGCGAUGGUGCAAACAGGGGGGGUUGUAAUAGUCCGGGAGAGUCGCGCAGCAGACUUGGCCGGCGCACGUCCCCAGGAGCCGAGCAGCGGGGGCAGGGGUCGGGUUAAUGAGGAGCUCCUGGGGGUCUCACUUCAAAGAGCCGGGCAGUCUGGGGGGCAUGCGGGAACGGAGGGAGGUAGGAGCCGGCAGGGGCCCAGAACCGGUGGCAAAAUCACGUUAUCGGCGGGGGUGACGCUUGCAGGACCGCAUGUCCAGAGGAAACACUUCGUCUCGGUCCCGCGGCAGUGCAGCGUCGGGGACUCAAUCGGGUUUGGGGACAACUCGAAUCACGUUUUGUACCGAGCACGGGUGGAAGCGCACAGCGGGGUCGGUAAAGCAGCGGAGGGCCGGGUUUCCACCGCUGAUAGUGACGGGACAGAGCCCGGAGACAGAGGACGCCCCCGGCACAUGGCAGCGACUGUAGCGGCCGCGCACGAACACAACGACAACUGGACUGACAACAGCCGAACUCUGGAGACAGGCUCGCCGGUCCGCGCGGCGUUUGUGUGUCCAGACAGGAACGCGGAGGAAAGCCUUUUAAUCAGAGAUGUUGAGAGUUACGGGCCCGAGUUUGCAGGGGACGGCAGGGGGACUGCAGCCGCUCUGCAGAGCCCGACCUUUUUCCCCACAGAGUUAGAAAUAUGCGACAUCAACAUGGCAUCCCUGUGCGCCACGGAGGACUCACUUAGGUACGCGUUAGAGAGCGAAGACGAGGAUUACUAUGAUAAUGAAAUUCUGCCUUUUUAUGAAACUAUCAGAGCAAAAAGUGAUACUAGAGCAGAGGUCGCAGAGCUGCCUGGGCAGGAUAGGGGUCAGCUGGAUGGCAUCUACAGCGCCCAGGAAACAGACAGGCUCAGGAACCAGCUGAAAGAAGCUUAUUACCUUCUUAUCAAUGCUAUGAAUGAUAUCAACCUGGAUGUCCAGCAGAUUAGUGGUGGUUUAACUGAGCAGCAGGCCACCUCCUCCUGCAGUAGUCACUCUAGAGAUAGCCUGUGCUCCAGGUUGUCUGCCAAAAACCUGGACAGUGACUCCUGGUCCUCCGGAGGCGACCCCAGCCCGCAGCAGGUGUCUGACACUGACUCACUGCUGCUGUGCCUCAGUGGGACCCUGGAGUCAGGCCUCAGAGGGAGCAGGCUGGAUAGUAAGAGUUUGGUGAACCUGUCCUUGACCAAGAUGAGACCCACAUUACUGCGCUCUGCUAGUGACGGAGCUAUCAGGUAUCCAGGUGGACCCUCGGUAUGUGUUCAGGGCCCUGGAGGGCAGGGGCCAGAAGUCGUUGGGGAAAAGGGGGCCAGACGGGCAAAACAGGGUGAAGUAACAGAAGAUGGUGAGGUGUCAGAACCUCGGGUGCUUUACGGUGCGAUCAGCAGCGAUGAGCUGCUGCAAGAUGCUGGUGGCGACGAAGACCGUGGCGGCCAGCUGGAUGAGAGCAGCGGCUCGGCCAACAGCCUCGCGGGUUCGUCGGACAGCAACGCCGAUGCAUCGACGUGCAGGGGUCACGACAGCAAUCAGGGGCCGGCUGGAGUCCGAGCACAGGGGGCCAACUCCGUCAACAAGGGCCAUGGCGUCACUGUCAACAAGAUGCAACAGUGGAUGCACAAGGGCCGUUUGUUGUCCUCUGAGAUGAAGCAGCGCAUCGAGGGCUCGUCCCUGCCCCGAGGCCAGAGCCAGGACCGCUCCUGUCCUCAGGCUAAACCAGGGGUCCAGACGUCCAGCCGAGGGGUUAAAUCUGUCAAGGCCAAGUCACCUACACUCAAGUCACCACGACAGCAGCAGCCAGCUUUCAUUGACAAUGCUCAAAGCCCCUGCGCCGGCGAGACCCCGUCAUGGCGGCCACCGCUCACCACCAUCACUGUGUCCAAGAAGCGCAACUGGCUGCAGCAGAGCUCCCUUGGGAAGAACCAGUGCGCCAAGGACGAGCUGCAGGGAAUGCUGGGAGCUGAGGAGGAAGGCUGCCAAGGCUCCCAUCAGCCGCCCCCUCCUCCCAGUCCCUCUCCAGACCACCUGAGACCCUCAGGGGGGGUCCCGUCACUGCCAGUCCGCCUGCAGCUGCCUCAGGUUAGCGUUGGCCAGGCCAAGGUGUCUCCUCACCCUCGGAGCGUGGACCCAGCCGAGGAGAACGACGCUGACGAUGAAGGAGAGAUCUGGUACAACCCCAUCCCUGAGGACGAGGAGCCGGAGAUGUCCCACCGCCCCUCUGUUCGGCUGCUGGUCCCCCCCCAGGCAGAGCCCCAGAGGAGGCCCAGCAGGGGAGGGGAUGCGGGUCAUGGUGGCAGGAACCCGGUGGGCAGCAGCGGGGGGCAGGAGGCGCUCGGGGAAAGCCUCGGCGGCGGCGGCGGCGGCGGUUCAGGAGAUGGGAGUCAGGGGAAUGCUGUACAUUCCACAGAGGCACAACAUCUGCACAGACAGAUGCUCGCGUGCAAACCUCAGGAGGAGGGGGGGCCUUCCACCAGCAGAGCCACAGAUGGUCCUGACCUGCCCAACGCCGUCGGCUCCCCACCCUCCAGCCCAAACCCGGCCAAGAAGAGCAGCUCCAUCAACUGGUCCUUCCCCGACAAGAUUAAGUCCCCUCGCACCGUUAGGAAGAUCUCCAUGAAGAUGAAGAAGCUUCCGGAGCUUAGCCGGAAACUCAGCGUCAAGGGAACCCCGAGUAGCAGUAGCAGCAACAACGCAGGCACACAGUUAGAGCCCAGAGCCCAUUCUCCCCGAAACAAUGGGAGCGGGCAGGAGGCCGUCCCCCAUUCCUCUGACCCUCCCAGAUUAGCUGCGUCCGGGGGUGGGCAGGCCAGCCGAAACGUCAUCUCACGCUACCACCUGGACAGCAGUGUUUCCACACAGCACAGCUUCAGCAAGAAGAUAAGUAACGGCAGCUCAAAGUCCGCCAGUAAAGGCGGCUACCUCAGUGACGGUGACUCGCCUGAGCUGGUGGCCAAGUCUGGGAAGCACGGCUCUGCAGAGGGGAAGGGAGGGAAAGGCAAGGAGACGGAAGGAGGAGGCGGCGGCGGCUCCAAGCUCAAUGGCACGGACCUGGACAUUGAUGCUUUCCGCCAUUACAGCUUCACAGAGCAGCCCAAGUGCAGCCAGUACAUCUCCGGACUGAUGAGUCUGCACUUUUAUGGCGCUGAGGACCUCAAACCUCCACGCAUUGACUCUCGAGAUGUCUACUGCGCCAUCCAAGUGGACUCAGUUAACAAAGCACGGACCGCCCUGCUCACAUGUCGAACUACCUUCCUAGAUAUGGACCACACCUUCAACAUCGAGCUGGAGAACGCCCAACACCUAAAGCUGGUGGUGUUCAGCUGGGAGCCCACGCCGAGACGCAACCGCGUCUGCUGCCACGGCACGGUGGUUCUGCCCGCGCUCUUCCGGGUGACGCGUUGCCACCAGCUGGCGGUGAAGCUGGAGCCGCGGGGGCUGAUCUACGUCAAGCUGAGCCUGAUGGAGCAGUGGCAGAACUCGCUGGACGGUGGGCUGGACGGAGACAGGGAGCCCCAGGUGUUUGGCGUGGAGGCGUGGCGGGUGGUGGAGAGAGAGAGCACGGGAAUGAUGGUGCCGCUGCUUAUAACCAAGUGCAUCAAUGAGAUUGAAAAGAGAGGCUGCCAGGUGGUGGGUCUCUAUCGUCUGUGCGGGUCUGCGGCCGUGAAGAAGGAGCUGCGGGAGGCGUUCGAGAGAGACAGCUACGCCGUGGAGCUGUGUGAAAACACGUAUCCUGACGUUAACGUCAUCACAGGGGUGCUGAAGGACUACCUGCGGGAGCUGCCCUACCCUCUGAUCACCAAGCACCUGUAUGAGGCAGUGUUGGAGUCCAUGGCCACGAGGCCUCUGCGGAUAGGAGCGGCGGGCUGCGAGAACGACCAGGCCGACUCGGAGCACACCGUCAGCCUGCUGGACAACCUGCCGGAGGUGGAGAGGAUGACACUGCGGCGGCUCCUUGACCACCUGAAGUUGGUCGCGUCCUACCAGGAGGUGAACAAGAUGACGUGUCAGAACCUGGCGGUGUGCUUCGGCCCGGUGCUGCUCAGCCAGCGUCAGGAGGCGUCCUGCCACACCAACCGAGUCUUCAUCGACUCCGAGGAGCUGGCCAGCGCACUGCACUUCAAAAAACACAUCGAAGUCCUGCACUACCUGCUCCAGCUCUGGCCAGUCGUGGACCCAUAUGGCCAGUCCUCCUCUCAGCCCCCUGCAGCCUCUUUGGCUCUGGCCUCAUCUGACCAGCUGUCGGCUCCUCCAUUACGGCGGAGAAAGGAGCGCCCUCAGGUCCUGAACCUCUCUGAAGCGGAGAUGGUGGGCGUUCUGCGGCCCAGACCGGGGCGCCUGGACAGCCCCAGCAACCGCUACGCCGGGGAUUGGAGCGGCUGCGGCGAGAGCUACUUCCCUUCUGAAGUCCUGCUGCCUCCCAGCAAAGAGGAGGCGGACUAUGAUGACGUGCCCUCCGAGGACACAGAGGCAGCUGAGGAGGGGCAGGAGAAGCCCGAGGACGCAGAGGAAGAUGAAGGGCAGAAGGUCACGGCGUCUGAUCCUGCUGAGCCGGACCGACCUCAAACAGAAGAGGUGGUCAAGGAGGAGGAAAAGGAAGAAGAGGAGGAGGAGGAGAAGGAGGUAGAGAGCAAUAGUUCAGGCAAUGGGCAGCCAUUAGAGGACAAGGAGGAGGAGAGGGUGUGCGACCACAUCCUGCCCCCUCGUCUGCCCAAAGAGCACACCUACCAGGCGUACAUGAAGAUCCAGGACAUCAGCCCCGUGCUGAGCAACAGGGUCAACCUGAGAGACCUGCAGGAGAGCAUCGACACUCUGAUCGGAAACCUCGAGAGGGAGCUCAACAAGAACAAGCUCAACGUCGGAUACUGACUCCUACCGCAGGGACACACACACAAACAUCCACUCACACACUCAUAAAGCCUGGUGCGGUUUGGUGAAGACCUUCUUUACCGAUCAAGGUGCUUAAGGAUACAGCCACAGUGUUUCCAUGGAGAUCCUGUGAGGUCACCAUGGCAGCACGGCGUGGUGCUGCUGUCAAAGCUAAAGGAUGAGAUGAGAAGAAAUGUAACGGGGCACUUCUGGCAUUUGUACCUUACCCGUAGACAUUCCGUAAUGUUUUUAUUUUGCUUCUAUUUUGUCGACUGUCUUACUUUAUGUUGUCGGUUUGUUUCGGUCCGGUUCUGUGUUCCAUGUUGUUAUUGUUGCUUCUCUUCUUAUUAGAAGAACCCAUUGACCCCUCAGGGGUUUAAAAGGUGCCUUAAUUGUGUGAAGGUGGUAAGUCAAGAGGAGAAUCCACCCUGAAAUAAAGUGUCUGCCCUCGUGUGAUCUUGAUGAAGCAUAGGCAGCCAACAGGAUGACCUCUAUGAUAUGAAGACGUUAUGAAGACUUGUUUUUACAUUGACAAAGGCUGCGGUACAUACAAAGAGGUAUGAAUCCACCCUGGAUACGAUCACUAUCAGGGGUCUCUACCCAUGCAAGCUUUGAAUCGGUGAUGUCGAUGCCAACAUUUCUGGAGUAAGUUAAUCAAUAUUUAUUCACUUUUUACUACUUUCAUGCCAAAAAAUCCCAGAGUUUCCCCCAAGUGUUUUCUUGGCAGCCUUCUGAAGCAGCACAUCUAUGCAGCAGCAGCAAAAAACCUGGGAUGCAAAAGGCCUCUCGUUUAAGAGUCGGGUUCCCAACAAAAACAUGUGAUUAGGUAAUUAAAUGAAUGAAAAUGUGCAAAGAAAACAAAAGCAUCCUGUCUGCUCUACAAGGCCCUCUGUCACUUUUGGCAGUGGAAGAAACAUGUUCUGAUAUUUUAUUGAACCCCGCUGUUACUGACCAGAACAUUAGUCUCUUAUGCGGAAUGGGAGGACUCUGAGUUACCUAUUUUCCAGCCUGUAAAGUGCUCAGCAAUACUCACCAAGAUCACAGGAGGAGCGUGUGUACAUUCUGUUUGUGGGUGGAUUUCCUUUUUUUUAAGGCAGCAGAGAGCUUUUCUAUUGAGGUAUGAAACACUAAAUGUUGUACAACAAUAAUGCACUUAUGAGGCAGGCAGUAGUGUAGUAGAUGUCUUUAUAGUUCAACAAUAUUGACUGGACUGAAUUGAGGCAGAAACAGCCGCCACUGAAACCUCCUCUCAAAGAUGAAUAAUGGAAGAAUAUGGCUUGAACGGUCAGUUUCUGCAUUGUGUGUUUGCAUGUAAAGACACUGAGCUGCAGGUAUGCAUACACCUGUCACGAUUGGAUACAAAAUAAGAAUAAAAACACUCAACAGAGAGCUGUACAGUAGAGAUGCAUUUGAUCUGAAGCAGGCAACUAUGAACAUGUUUCAUGUGGCAUCAUACUCAGUUUAGGCUUUAAAGAAUUGUGCAACAUUGCAGGAAGUUUGCUCGUUCACUUUCUUGCUGAGAGUGCGAUGAGAAGAUUGAUACCAAUCUCAUGUCUGCAUGAUGAAUAUGAAGUUAGGUUUAGCUUUAGCUUAGCAUAGAGACUGGAAGCAGGGGGAAACAGCUAGCCUGGCACAGUCUGUAGAUAAAAGACCUUAAAAGCUCGCUAAUUAUUACUUAUUAUUAUUAUUAGGUCUUAAUGCUAUACUACGAGUGGAAAGCUGUCUUCUCAUCUACCUCUUGGUUAAAAAAGCAAAUAAGCAAAUUUCUCAAGAUGUCCAAAUAUUCAUUUAAAAACCACCAACCAGUCACCUUUCUGCUUCUCCCAGCCUUUGGCAAAACCGUGAAAAACCUACAAAGCCCAAAUGUGAAGCACAAUUUUCAGAGCAGCAGUGGAGACUGUCAGCGGAGGGCCUCAGUUAGUACGACUUAGCUAGCUGCCUAAAUCGACAAAGGACGUUUUCAGCAAUCCAGGGAUUCAGAAUGAUCAGUAUUUAACCUAUAUGUAUAUGUAUAUAAUUAUAUAAAUGUAUUCGGAGUAUAUUAUUUUUACAGCUUCUAUUUCAAUGGCGUAUUUAAAUACUUCUGAUGACCUCGUAGUGUUGACUUGUAGCAGUAGUUGCUUUUCCUCCCUUCGAGCUACCUGUACACAUCUUAAUGUGCUGGACUAAUGGUACAACUUUAGCUGUAAAAUAUGAGAUAAAAUUGUGCUCUUGCAGAAAAAGUGAUAUUGUUAUUUUUAUUGUAUUGUGUAUAUAUUUGACAUUGUUUUGUGUCUCUGGUGGACUAAGCUGUGUUCAAGAUUUUUGGUGUUUUUUUUUUAAGGUACUGAACGUUGCAUGGUCAAAAGCUUUACUGACAUAAACAAGGCUCUUUCUCAUCUGCCUUUGUGUUUGAUAUUUAUGUGUAAAAAGACUUAUUUUGCGAUGUAUUUGUUUGUUCGUUCACCCCGUUCCUCCAAUAGACAGAUGACUGCAUUGUUCCAGCUUUUCUCCAGAGGACUUACAGGCAGACAGUAUUUUUCACUUGGCUGUUGCUCCACACGCCACCCUCUGCAUGGUGUCUGUCCUUCUGCCCGUCUGUCUGCCCACCCGGCCAACACAAAAAGAACCAGGGCUUCAGUAUAAAAAUGAACAUGAAGCAUCAUUAAAUUUAAAUGCUGAUGUGAAUUUCUGCCUUCAAAUACUUCAAAAAUUGACUGAGAUGUUUUUCUGAGGAGUCCUUCUGAGUGACGCUCCGAGAAAACACACUCUUCAAGCUGUUUUUCCUGUUGGUUGUACUCAUUCAGUGCUCUUCAGACACUCCCGUCUGUUUCAGCACCCUCUCACCUUCUCACCUCUCUGUCUCAGACCACCUGCAUCGUUUGUCGGAUAUCCUCCUGUCUCGUCCUCUUUGUCCUUUGGAGAGAAAGUGUCACUAAACAAAACAGAAAAGUGCUUUGUAUUGAUCCUGAGAAGUGUAUGGUCAUAAUAAAGUAUAUUAUUUUA